AUGGCUGCCGUUGACUUUGAUACCCGGCAUAUUAACGCCUUCAGCGCGGAUGAUUUCGACACGGCGUCCAUUCGAUCAGCUGCUCCAUCUUACAUCUCCGAAGCGCCCUCCUACCACACCACCGUCUCUACCACCGAGACCAUCCCGCCCUACUCGCCGCCGCAGAACGGUAACGCCAACGCCAACGCCAACAGCACACCGGCGUCCAGAUCCUUGCUGCCGUCCCACACCGCACACAUCCCCUCCCCGGGCCUGCCCCCGAUCCCGCCCGCCCGGAGCUCCGCCUCCGACCUCCCGUCCCUCGGCGCCUUCCGCAUCCCCUCAUGGAGCGUCAACACGAACCCCAUGUACCAGCGCGUGGCCACGCGGCGCGCGCAGGCCGCCAUGUCCAGCGGCGAGGGCCUGGUGCGCAACGCUGCGAGGGUGCUAGAGCGGGUCAACGAGGAGAGUGGCGGCUCCGGCUCCGGCUCCGGCUCCGGUGGCGGCAGCGGCAGCGGUAGCGUCACCCCCGCCGACAGCAGCCGGGUGCGGCCACUCGAGGACCCGUACCUGGUCGGCGAGGUGGCGGCCGCCCGGGCGAGGCGGGAGAGGCUCGCCCGGGAAAACACCGAGGAUAUCCUGCACCGCGAGGACAGGAGGUGGGACUGGUUUCUGGGCCAGGUGAACGAGCGGGAGGAACGACCGGCCAGCUGGAGACCGUUCCGCCGGAACAACAUGCACAGUGGAUCGCGGGUGAAGCUGGCCCGCCGCGUUGGUACGGGCCGCUAG